AUGAUAGACACCUCCAUCUUGCGAAUCGCUCCCGACGACCGUGUCGGGCUCUCGGUGCGCAAUCUCACUGUGGGUGUGGGUCCAGCCGCCAAAAUGGCCCCGAAAGACCCCCAGAGUGAGUCUCAAAAAGAGUCUCAAGACACCGCUUCGUCCCACAAUAUCCUCGACGACGUGUCGUUCGACCUUCCGUCAGGCCAUAUUUUGGCCAUCAUGGGCGGUUCUGGCUCCGGAAAGACCACUUUGCUCAAUAUGUUGUCACAGCGGGUAAAUGUCACCAACAAGAAGUUGAAUUUCCAGGGCCUGGUGGAGUAUCUCCGUGACGGAGGCUCUGCAACCAUCAAGAGUGCCUACCUUCUUCAAACCGAUGUGUUUCUCCCGGGCCUCACCGUGCACGAAACGCUCCAGACCCAGGCAGACUUGCGGCUUCCCGCAUCAACCACCUCCCACGAGAAAUCGACGUUGAUCGAGUCCCUCUUGGAGGUAUUGGAGCUCACAGCUAUCCGUAACGAGCGCAUCUGCUCGUUUUCCACCCACUCAACCACCCUCUCUGGCGGAGAACAGCGCAGAGUGUCCAUGGCCAUCCAGCUCUUGUCCAAGCCUUCGAUCUUAUUCUUGGACGAGCCCACCACAGGCCUCGACACCUCGUCGUCCUUGAAGUUAGUGCGGGUGUUGAAGAAGUUGGCGUCUCCAGAGUACGGUAUCACCGUGGUGUUAUCGAUCCAUCAACCAAGACCAGAAAUAUCUGCCCUUUUCGACAAGUUCUGCCUUUUGACUCGUGGUGGAAGACUCGUCUACUAUGGCAACUUGGCAGAUACCAACGCCUACUUCAAAGAGCUCAAAUUCUUAGCAUCCUCCAACUCGAAACAGUCACCUGCUUCAUUCAUCGAGUACAUCAUAGAGCUCUCCAUCAAAGAUACUUCGUCGAAACUCCACGAGCAGAUGACCUUGGACCGUAUCAACCGCUUGGUCCAGCACUGGAAGUCCCACACAAACUACCAGCCAUUGCAUUUAUCCCACAAGGAACAGCAGCAGAAGUUCCGCGACAACCUCAGGCUAUUCGACAGAGAUAAAAAGGAACGUAUUUCGUUCUUCAGAGAACUAACCGUGCUUACAAAGAGAACGUUCGUGUUGAGCUAUAGAGACACGGCCUCUCUUGUUGCACUUAACCUUGGCUCCGUGCUUUUGGCCUUGGCCACGGGUUGGAUGUUCUAUCAGCCCCGUCCCGAUCUAGCAGGAAUAAGAACCCUCACGUCCACGUUGUAUGUCAUGUUGGAAGUGGUUGGUUUCUGUCCAAUGUUCUUUGAACUCGAAAGAUUGUGGUCUACCGAUGGUGUGUUCUUCUACAGGGAGUACGGCGAGAAGUAUGUCAGUAUUCCUGGGUUUAUUAUCUCCAGAAGGCUUGGAAAGCUACUCCUAGAAGACUUGCCAGUGGCUCUAUUCUUUUCGUGCAUCACCUACUUCAUGUGGGGUCUCAGAUUAGAAAAUGGUUCUGGAGAAAGAGACUUAAGCUUUUUUGGUACCUACGUAGCAAUCACCAUAUUGGUGAAUUUUGUCGGGAUGGCAUCCUCACUUUUUGUGUUUGCAGUGUCUAGUGAUUUCUCCAUGUCGGCAUUGGUCUUCAACGCUUUUUACCAAUUGCAAAAUAGUGCAUGUGGAUACUUCGUCAAUGCUUCAUCAAUGCCUGUUUAUGUUCGUUGGACAAAGUAUCUAUGCUAUUUCUGGUAUGGAUUCGGAGCAUUGAGUGCCAACCAAUUUGCUGGCUGGAUGGGAGAUUGCCCCUACGAUCGUGACGAUCCUCGUUGCACUGAAUAUUCUGGAGACUAUAACUUACACGUCUUGGGCUUUCCAGGUGACUGGACUCCUCAGGCUAUCGGAAUAUUAGUUGCUUGGUACUUUGGAUUCAACAUAUUGACUGCGUUAGCAUUUAAAUUCAUGAGAUUCGAAAUUUCUAUGGGAAAGAUCAAAGAAAACAAGUUUGGUGGAGAAGAGGAAGCAGAAGAGUCCAGUGAGGACGAGGCCAAUGAAUCCUUGGACAAGAAGCCCAAACAAAAGGAUAUUAAUGUUGAAACAAAUAACUUUAUCGAGUUAGAUGCGGAAAAUGUCUCCCAAACCAACUCAUAUGAUAGCAACUCCAGCAAUGUGGAUAGCUCGCUUGAGGCUUACCAUCCAGCCACCGAUGAUAUUUCGUUAAAUAUUGAAAGUCUCAAUUUAGCAGUGGCCAUGAAGAGCUUUUUCGGCCAAACCGUUGAUGAAAAAGUUUUGCUUGAUAAUAUCAGUGCUUCAUUCAUUGCUAAUAGAGUGAAUGUAAUUAUGGGACCUUCUGGUAGUGGUAAAACUACUUUAUUGAACUACUUGUCUCAUAGACUUUCCAAAUCUUCUUCGUAUAAAUCCAUGGGGAGAAUUUACAUCAACAAGGUCCAACUGAUCACCAGAGAAGAACUCUCGAAGAUAUCUGCAUACGUCACCCAACAUGACAAUUCGUUGAUUCCUAAUUUGACCGUGAGAGAAACUUUAUAUUUCCAGGCUAAAUUGCGUUUACCGCAUGAUGAACAUUCCAGAAUUCCCCAGCUUGUGUCGCAGUUGAUUAGGCAAAUGGGUUUAGUUGAUUGUGCUGACACAUUGGUCGGAAGUGAAUUUGUUAAGGGAAUUAGUGGUGGUGAGAAAAGAAGAGUGUCAAUUGCUGUUCAACUUCUCGGAAAGCCCAAAAUUCUUUUCCUUGAUGAACCAACCUCUGGAUUGGAUUCUACUAAUGCGUUGAAGAUCUUGAACCUUUUGUCAGACAUCGCUUUGUCUAAGAAAACCACCAUUGUGCUUACUGUCCAUCAACCGCAACAAGAGAUGUUUUACCAGUUUGGCUCUGUCCUUUUAUUAGCAAGAGGGGGUAGGGUUGUUUUCAACGGUCCAACUAAGAAUGUGUCUACCUAUUUGGAGACCAUAGGGUAUUUGGUACCCCAGGGCAUCAACAUCGCCGACUUCAUGCUCGACCUAAUCUCUAACAAGGUAGAUGAAGAUCAGGAGGUAAGUCAAGAAAGAAUCCAUCACAUGAUUGAGUGCUGGAAGCACAAGAAUUUGGAGGGAGAAAAGCUGGGACAUUCGACUCCCGAAACUGAAGCAUUGGUUUCGAAGGAGACUGGUUCUGGCCCGAUCUCACUUCAGCAGUACGUGUUCAAGAAAUCGCCUCUUGCCGUCACGUUUCCUGUUGUAGCCAGACGUCAACUUCUCAACGCUGUCAGAUCCAAAGAUGUUCUCAUUUCUAGGGCAGGGCAAACCGUGUUUCUUACUGUUAUCCACGCCCUCUUUUUCGCCCCAUUGAGGAACCAUAAAGAUGGUAUCGAUAACAGGUUGGGGUUGGUCCAGGAAGCCUUAAACUUGUACUACGUUGGUCUUCUCAACAACAUCGCUCUUUAUCCAGUGGAGAGGGACAUUUUCUACCAGGAGCACAAGGAUGGCAUCUAUGGGGUACUUGAAUUUAGUGGCUCGUACCUUCUCAACGAACUUCCCACUGAGAUCGUGCCGUGCUUGUUUUUCAGCAGUUUGAUUGUGUUUGCGGUUGGAUUACCCCGGACUCCAGGCAUGUUCUUCGGGAUGUUUUCCACCUGCUUGGUAUCGAUCUCGUGUGGUGAGUCCUUGGGUAUCUUGGUCAACAGUUGUUUCAACCAUAUGGGGGUUGCCACCAACAUCUUGACCAACACCGUGAUUUUGGCAAUUUUCAUGGCCGGCACCAUGUCGUUGGAUAUGCCGCUGUUUUUCGACGCCAUCAACUACAUCAGUCCUAUGAAGUACGGGGUGGGCAUCUGUGCAAAGCUCGGGUUUGCCAAACAAAAGUUCCAGUGUGAUGUCCAGGAUUGUGCCCUUUCUACGGGACAGGCAGUGCUUGAGAACUACGGGUUGGACGUCAAUUUGGGAGCUUACUUCGGGGGCCUUUUUGCAUGUUUCGUGGCCUACCGUGCCAUUGCGGUUGCCAGCGUAUGGGCACACAGCGUCCAGAUCACUGGCAACUUCGACAACUGGUCCAAGUCCCUGCACGCCCACAAGCUGGGCUCGGUGUUUGAACAGACAGUCACAUUGGACCACAGACAGCGGCUCGUGUUCAAGUUUGUGGUGGAUGGCGACUGGGUGUUGAAUCGCGACUACGCCACCGAGUGGCAUGACGGCGUGGAAAACAACGUAGUGGAGGCAGUCCAGUUGGAAGAAGUGCCUGAGCACCAUCCAGUGCCUGAGCCUGUUGUGGCAGCUGCUCCUAACGCCACGCUGACCCCCAAACACGAUUCUCCCGUGGCUCCAGAUGCUCCCGUGGCUCCUGUGACUCCAGCGCCAAAGCAGUCCUCGUCCAAUUUGCCCUUAAACAGCGUCCCGGCUCCUUCUCCACCUGCAGACCCUGAAGGAGCACCGCUGGAAUCGUUUCCUACCGAUGAGGACCUUCUCUCGGACUUCGACGAGUCGGUGGACGUAUCAGGCACAAAGAGAACCCCCGUCAACACAGACGCUAGCAGCAAGAGCGACCGUCUCACCCAGGUGCUGACGUCGUCAUCGUCGUUUGCGGCUGUUUCGCUUCUCAGCUCCGAGAACGACUUCCACGACAUCGGAGACCAACCUGCGUCGGUGGUGGAGGAAGACCAGUUCAACACCCCGACAAAUUCGUUGUUCAACUCGGUGGUGCUCCCCUCCAGCACGGUGGAAGACCGCGACGCCAGCGCUCCCGAGCAGCCGGACGGCUCCAACACCGCCAACACUUCCAUUGCUAACUUCAACAUCAACUCGAGAAACAACUCGUUCACCAAGCCCAAAUUGGCCACCAACGCCUCGGACUCCACCAUCCCUCGCACCUCCCACGAGGUGGUGGCUAUCUUGAAGGCUCCGGGAGGAUAUCCCGUGAGCCCCAAGGACAAAAACGAAGAUCUCCAGUCGCCCAGAAACCCCAGUGGAAUCGGAAAGAGAGAGAACUUGAUCUCGCGCUUCAAGGGCUUGUUCAAGUAUUAG